AUGCCCAUCUUGACUUCCUUGAGGCAGAGCCCCACCUACCUCUACAUCAAGGUCUACUGCCUCUGUGCCCUCGUCACGCUUUCUCAAGCGGCUCCCGUCUCGUCUCGCAUCCCCAAGCUUGGCCAGACCUUGCAGCUUAACAAGCACAGACUCAUCCGCACACGCUUAGGGCCGCGCAUUGUGCCGGUUGAAGCUGCAGCUGUACCCGGCAAAGACACCUCAACGACAUUGUCGCAAGCGCACGAUCAAGGUCAACCGCCAAAUGAGGUCGUCAUCUCGAGCGACGUUCUCGGUCCGACAGAGCACGAGUCCACCAUCAGAAAGCUGCUCACACGAUGGUCUUCACGAGCCAAGGAUCUAGCUCAAGUCAGGCAUCUGCUUGCCGCUGAUGCUACCGACGUCAAAGCAUAUCCCGAGCUUCAAUGGGACGCAACCGUGCGUCGGUCUCCAUCGCUCCACACCGAGGAAGUCAACUUUUUGCGCAAACGGCAACUCCGCCUCUCAUCACAAGGAAAUGACGAAUUGAAACGCUUCUUGGACCUUCCAGCCUCGGAGCAUGUAGAUCCGCGCGAUGUGCCCCUCGUCGCCCUCGGCGGUUCCGGAGGCGGCUACCGCGCCAUGUACGGUUUCGCAGGGUUCAUCGCCGCAGCUAAACGCUCCAAGCUAUGGAACUGCCUCUCCUGGGCUGGAGGCGUAAGCGGAAGCUGCUGGACACUGGCAGCCUACUACACCAUCGCCUGUCAGGACGCAGAUCGACUCAUACGGCACUACCUCUCGGUCGCGAGCGAGCUGGCACAUCCGAUGAGCGUGCAUGCUCUCGAUACUGUAGCUCGAAGCAGUCGCGGUGUGUAUUUCCUGCUCGGCCCUCUCGUGCGCAAGGCUCAUGCCGGUAUCGUCGGCCUUGGAAUCAUGGACCUGUACGCUACCCUGACUACGACGUAUCAAUUUCUGUCAAGAGAGCCGAGAGCCAGGCUCAGUCGGGCUAGUUUCCAGUUCUCAAAGGUGUGGUCCCGCUCGGGAGUCAAUGCUGGAAAGGAACCUCUACCUAUCUUCACGGCUGUCCGUGUGGCGCCUCAGGACGCGCCAGGUGUUCGUCCGCACACCGAUUCCUCUCUCAGCAAAGGCCAGCCUCCCAAACGCGCUCUCACCCAGCAUCAGUCGGCAGCCUCCAAGGCGCUCACACCCAACGGUGCUUCUGUCUCCUCGAAUCUUUCGUCAACUGCCAUCACGCCGGUUGACGACGGUAAAACCGGCGUAUUCGCCCUCCCCGCCGCCCACGGCUACUUCCAGUGGUUCGAGGCGACGCCGCUCGAGGUAGGAAGCGCCGACGUCCAAGGUUACAUCCCCACAUGGGCAUGGGGACGACCCUUCGUUUCCGGCCGCUCCUUGGACCGUCGGCCGGAAGAGUCGCUCUCGCUCCUCCUGGGUCAAUGCACGAGCGCUCCUGCUGGGCCUUUGACUGGCUACAUCUCGGCGCUUUUGGCUUCGCUGCCAAAGGGGACGGCCAUGUCACGUACCCUGCACUUCCUGAACAACUUUGUCAGGAUGAAGAGGUGGGAGCGCAGGUGGGGCAACCCGAUUCGCGCGGGUGACGAGCCGAAUCCGUUCUAUGGGCUGAACGUGGCUCCCGUACCCAAAGAUGCGGAGUUGGGCGGGGCAAAUCCUAGUAUCCUGGGCAUCGGCGUCGACAUCUUGCACACACCGCGCUUGCGACGGCUCCUGCGAAAGCGCAUAGACCCCCCGGAACUUGCGUCAGUCGAUGAAAAGCACAAACGCCUACCUGGGAUCCAGGCAAGCGAGCUAGCAGCGCUGAACAAGCUGGCGAAGCGCAUUCUGUGCGAGUCGGAAUUGCGCGAGUACGAAGAUCUCGCCCAACGACAGCUCGAGGCUCCUGCCGACCCGCUUUCGCGGCUGGAACAGUACCUUGCGAACCGCUGGAGUGCCAAGGAGGCUGCCUACAAAGCACUGUACCCCAAGUACGUUGUCUCUUGGAAGGAUCUCUGCGUGCACAAACGUGGUCUUACUGGGGAUACGCAUGUCGACAGGGUUGAUCUGUCUCAACUCGAAAAGCAAGGUUUCCGCACCAAAAAGCCGAGCCUGUCCUUUUCGGAUGAAUGGCGAUCGAGGCAUCCUGACGUCUUGUCGGUUCCGAAGCUACAUCUCAGCUUGUCACACGAUGGCGACUACGUUGUGGCUAAUGUGCUUGCCGAGGAGAACGUUUCGCCAUCCAGCCGCUCGUCCCAUAAGGCUCUGCCGGAAUGGAACGAGCUUAGCGUCUCAUUGCCGAGCUCACCUACAGAGGUUGGUGCAUUGGAAGACGGAACCGAACUCGAGCUGGGAUCUUCAACACCAACGCAACCGUCGGCACGGACAGUCAAGUCGGCGCACGACACAGGCACACCCGCCGCCGCCGCUGCCUCGUGGGAGUCGCAAGGCCGCAUCCGCCUCAUGGACUCGGGCAUGUCCAACAACCUCCCGACGCACGUCCUCGCACGCAAGGAGCGCGCCGCCGACAUCAUCAUCGCCUUCGACGCUUCCUCGGACGUGCAAGCCGGCUCGGCGAUGCGGCGCAUCCACAACUUUGCCGACGACUGCCAGCUCACUCUCACGGACCAGACGCAUCUGUUUCCCCCUCCGUGUCGUGCUCCCGAUGCCACGCAGAAAGACGCGGCGAUGGAGGAACGGUUUCUGCAUCAGUACGCACGCGUGCUGCAGGGCACGCGCGAUGCUGACGGCUCGACGUUCUGGCUGAUCUACUGCCCGCUGCUGCCGAAUCCGAUGAAUGCCGGUUAUGAUCCGAGCACUGCCGGGUUUAGUAACUCGUACAACUUGGUGUGGACGCCGGGACAGGUGCAGACGCUGCUGACGACGGCGCAGACGAACUUAGAGGUGUAUGCGCUCCAGACGAUCAAGUGCGUGAUGCGGAGGGUGUAUGAGGACAAGAAAGCAGCUCGUCUGGGCUCCGCGUCGGCUUCGAGCAUGUCGUAA